AAUUUUAGUGGGUCCUUUGCUCGAUACCAUGAUUUAUUUUCAGAGUCUGAUGAAGGUGAAAGCACUUAUUCUGAAUUUGAGUUUCAGAGUCCAUCAUCAAAUGCCUCAUCCCCAAAUAUGUCCAGCAUUAUCGGAGAGAGUUCACUUGAAGAUGACAACAUUCUCAACAAAAAUUUAGUUGAUCUAGAUGCCAGAUUUCAGCUGGACUAUUGGUUCAGACUGUUAAAUGGAACCCUGGAGAUACUGAUGAUGAGAAAAUCUAAAUGCUUUGGGUCUGCCACAGCAAUCAUCAUAUGAUGCUACCUUUUACAUGCCGGAGACACAUCAAAGAUGCAAUAAUUUCCACAAACUGUUAAAUACAGGAUUUGAGAAUGUUUCUUCAGAAGAAGCCAGGGAAAGGAAACAGAAUGGCAAGCCUAGUUCCUCACCUGUUCUUAUGUCUGAUUACUCCAACAGAGAUACAUCAACAGAUGACUAUGUUGACCUCAUGACUGGUAAAUCUGGCAGAAACUUUUCUGACAUGGAAAAUGACUGCAUUGCAUUGCCUGAUUCAAUUGUGGCAUCCUGCAGACCAUAUUUAGAUGUGAAAACUGAAGAUCUGAUGUUAAGAGACAUUAAGGACAGGGUUGAAGGGGAUAUCAUUGAUGAGGCUAUGCAUUGUGAAAUUUCUUCUUCAUCUUCCUUGAGUGCUUGUACAAGCAAAACUACAACAAUCAGACCUUCUGCAGAUAAAGACUGUAUCUGUGAAACUGAAGAUUGCAAUGAUAUCUUUGGAAAUUCUACAAUCAAACAGUCAGCUUGUGUUAUUGAAGAGGGAAACCAAUUGUUUAGCAUCCCCUGGCAUGGGCAUAGCUGAGGUAUCCAAUGAUUUAUUUGCACUAGGGAGAAUUAAACCAUCAGCUGGAUAUCAUACUAGUGUAGAAUCUAGUGUGGAUGGUGACACUGUAGAAUCUAGUGAACACAUAUCAUCAUCUGAGAACAAGAAAAAAACUUUGCUUGGAGUUUGUGAAUAUGCACCUGCACCCUUUGGCAGUGAUUCUUCUGAUGCCACACUCCAUGCAAAUUCAGCUUGUAUUAUUAAUGAGUCAUGUGUGUCAGUGGUACAUAAAGAUCAAUACACUAGUGUUGGUGGUGGUUUAACCGAAGGGGCCAAUGGAAGAGUAGCACCUAAUAUAGGGAGCGAUGAUUUAGAACCAAAUGAGACACAUGUUUUGAAGGAAUCUUGUAUCUGUGGCAAUGCUGAUUUCAAUCCCACCUGCUGCAGUGAGGCUAAAUUAGAGGGAACUAGUCUAGGGGAGUUAUCUGAACCAGUAGCUUGUCAGGAUUCUGUUAUUGAGAGUUGUCAUGCCAAAAUCAAGGCGCACAUGCAUUGCUCAACUUUGUUUUCUGCACGGGAAAAUGAAGUCAAUGCAAAGCAAAACAUUGUGGAUACAAAUCAAACUCCCCCUGUAGAUUAUAUGGGAGACAACAGAAGGAACAACUUGGACGCUGCUCCCACAUCCAAGACAAUAGAGGACCAUGAAAAGGAGGUAUUGAGGAUGCAUGAGCUGAAUGGAAAAAAUAAGUCACGUGAAUCUCCUAAGCUGGGCAACAUAGUGCUGAAAUCAGUUGCUGGGGGAAUCACAUUAGUUGGUGCUGCAUUCCUUUUUCUUCAGUUUAGGGGAAGGAUAGGCAAAGGAAAAGCUAAUGGAGGUUUGGUGCUGCCAAAGGUACAAAACACCAGCCAGGAAGGUUCUAGAGAUAAAGGUGAGAAUGAUGAUGAUGGCAAGCAACAUGUUCCAAGUCUUGCUCAAAAACCUUCCAAAACUCAGGGGACCAACAACAGUGGUACAGCACAAAAGCAAGCAGAGAUGAGUAGAAAGAAGGUAUUCUACCCUGGAGACAAACUCAAGGUUUAAUAGGAUCAGAAUAAUAUGUUGAGGUUUUAAGCCCUCUCGUAUUGAAUGAAUGUCAAGUAUUUCCAGGGAAGCCUACUUGUCAGCAUGUUUAAGUAAUGCAAGAAGCUUUUCUUGCAUGGUCACAAUUUUGUAUGGCUAUAUUAUAUAGUGGAAUGAGCCGACAUUGUACAAAUAUAGUCCGCAGAAGUCUAUUCAUUUGUAAAGAGAAUCAUUCGCAAUAAAAAAAA